AUGGCAGGCAAGAGGUGUACUGAGCUUACAGCUGCUUCUAAGCAGAGACGGCGUAUGUCCGUAAUGGCAGCAAGAAUACCCUUUUUUGCUCUGACAAUAUACUGUUCCGUUUGGGCUGUGACCUGGAUACUCCAGACAGCGACAUCUCACAUUCUCCUCUCUAAAGCUUCGCCAGCAGAUAAGUUCAUAGUCACGAACAGACUUGGAUACUGGCCUCUCAACAGUAUCUUGAUCUAUGCUUCCAAAGGACUCGUUCCUGAGGUAAGGAUGAAAAUAGAUGAUGAGCUUAUCACAGCAUACAUCUAUCCUGUCCUGCUUUUCAUGCCCUUGCUUCUUUCUGCCUUCAAGCAAUACAUGAAGACUUAUUAG